CCCCCUGAGAGAACCCAGAGGACACCCAGGGACCCCCCUGAGAGAACCCAGAGGACACCCUGGUACCCCCCUGAGUGACACCGUGGAUGGUGUGGUAUGGUGUGAUCGUUGCAGUGUCGUUGCUGACCUCAGAUCAGGGACAACAUGCCGGUGAUGAAGGGGCUUUUAGCCCCCCAGAACACAUUUCUGGACACCAUCGCAACCCGUUUUGAUGGAACCCACAGCAACUUCCUGCUGGGCAACGCGCAGGGCCACCGCGGCUACCCCAUCGUCUACUGCUCGGAUGGCUUCUGUGAGCUGACUGGCUUCUCUCGCACCGAGGUGAUGCAGAAGAAGUGCAGCUGCCGUUUCCUGUACGGCAACGACACCAGUGAGCACGUGGCCCAGCAAAUGGAAAAGGCCCUUGAGGGCCGAGAGGAGUACCAGGCCGAGGUCCACUUCUACAAGAAGAACGGGAUGCCAUUUUGGUGCUUACUGGAUAUUGUUCCCAUUAAGAAUGAAAAGGGCGAGAUGGUUCUAUUCCUUUUUUCAUUCAAGGACAUCACUGACACACAUGGCAAAGUGCAUCACAAGAAAGAAGUUUCAGAAGACAAGAGGCGGAGCAGAAAGAGUGGCAGCUCUCACUUCAACGAGGCAAGGAAGCGGGGGCGAAACAUGAUCUACCAUCUUACCAGCCAGUUCUCCAGAGGUGGCAAAAGAGAGGUCAACCUGGGCAGUAGCAUGUUUGAGAAGCCCUCAUCCCUCCCAGAGUACAAAGUGGCGGCGGUGCAGAAGUCACGCUUCAUCCUGCUUCACUACAGCGUUUCCAAGGCAUUGUGGGACUGGAUGAUCCUGCUGGCCACCUUCUACGUAGCGGUCACCGUGCCCUACAACGUCUGCUUCACGCCCUACGACGAGCUAGACACGGCCGCCCGCACCACCAUCGUCAGUGACAUCGCCGUGGAGAUGCUCUUCAUUCUGGACAUUAUCCUGAACUUCCGAACAUCCUUUGUGAGCACGUCGGGUCAGGUGGUUUACGAAACACGCUCCAUCUGCAUCCACUACGCCACAACCUGGUUCUUUGUCGACCUGGUGGCUGCAUUGCCCUUUGACCUGCUCUAUGCCUUCAACAUCACUGUGACCUCUCUGGUCCACCUGCUGAAGACCGUCCGCUUGCUGCGUCUGUUAAGGCUUCUCCAGAAGCUGGACCGCUACUCCCAGUACAGCGCCAUGGUGCUCACCCUGCUCAUGUCCAUGUUUGCCCUGCUGGCCCACUGGAUGGCCUGCAUCUGGUACAUCAUUGGGCGCAAGGAGAUGGAAAACAACGACCCCGACACCUGGGAUAUAGGUUGGCUCCACGAGCUGGGCAAGCGCUUGGAGACUCCAUACACCAACAGCACGGUGGGCGGGCCCACGGUACGCAGUUCCUACAUUGCUGCUCUCUACUUCACCCUCAGCAGCCUUACCAGCGUGGGCUUUGGCAACGUAUGUGCCAACACAGACGCCGAAAAAAUCUUCUCAAUCUGCACCAUGCUCAUAGGGGCCCUAAUGCAUGCGGUGGUGUUUGGUAACGUGACGGCUAUCAUCCAGCGGAUGUACUCACGGCGCUCUCUCUACCACACGCGCAUGAAGGACUUGAAAGAUUUCAUCAGGGUCCACCGAUUACCACAGCAGCUCAAACAGCGCAUGCUCGAGUACUUCCAGACCACCUGGUCUGUCAACAAUGGCAUUGACGCCAACGAGCUCUUGCACGACUUCCCAGAUGAGCUUCGGGCCGACAUCGCCAUGCACCUGAACAAGGACAUCCUGCAGCUGCCCGUGUUCGAGGGGGCUAGCCGCGGCUGCCUGCGCUCGCUAUCCCUCCACAUCAAGACCUCCUUUUGUGCCCCCGGCGAGUACCUGAUUCGACAGGGUGACGCACUCCACGCCAAUUACUUUGUCUGUUCAGGCUCACUGGAAGUGCUCAAGGACAGCAUGGUGCUGGCCAUCCUAGGGAAGGGGGAUCUGAUUGGCUCAGACCUGCCCAACACAGAUCACGUGAUCAAGACCAAUGCAGAUGUAAAGGCGCUGACCUACUGUGACCUGCAGUACAUCAGCGUGCGGGCUCUCCGGGAGGUGCUGGAACUCUACCCAGAGUACGCUAGCCUGUUCACUGCAGAUAUCCUCCACAACCUCACGUACAACUUGAGAGAAGGCAGUGAGGCUGAGGGCCUGACCAGGUUCUCAAGGUCACCAAGACUUCCACACAACCCCCAAGGAUCUGCAGAGAACAGGCUUCCCCCCAUCGUGGAGACCAAAGGAGGCGACCGAGACGACUCGGACCGGUGCUACCACCUCUCGCCGGCUUCCCGCACCCGUCGCGCCGACCUCCUCCUGCCCAGCCUGAGCAACCCGGUCCGCCGCACCUCCUUGGGCAACCUGCUGGGCGACGAGCUGAGGCAGUUCAAUGCCCUGCGCCGCUGCCGUUCGCCCAACCUGAGCCGGGGAGGCCUUCCCCGCGGUCAGGGCCCGUCCUCCGCCCAGCCCAAGAAAGAGGACGGUGUCCCGGCGCCAGCCCCCGCCAGCCCCACUGCCUCAGUAUUACUGGGGGCAGGGAGUCAGGGCCGCAAGCCGUCCAAGCUGCUGAUUCCAACUGUCAGCUGUUUUGCACCACCGGACCUGAGUCCCAGGGUUGUCGACGGUAUCGAGGACAACGGACGGACCUUCCUCUUCAACGUGGAGCACAGCGGGCCCAAGUCCAGCGCCCCCACGGGACGUCCCGGCGAAGACACGAGGAAGGUGAAUGCCGGACUGCUGCUGGAAUCAGAGGAGGUUAGACAGAGUAUCAGUCAGCUCCACCAGAAGAUGGGCAACUUGAACAAGGAAGUUUCUCAGCUGACAAAGGAUCUCCAUCACAUGAUGCACCUUCUGCAGGCCCAGGUGGCUGUGCACCACUACCCAGCCUAUACCUACCCAGUCCACAUGGUGUCCAACCCUGCCAGCACAGCCUACAACCUGGCCCCCAGCAGCCUGCACCUCCAUCAGGACCCCAGGGAAGUGGAGGGGACACGCAGGGACAUGGUCCAACCUGGUUGGGGCUACGCUGAGGCAGCAGGGGCCAGCUGUCAGACUGCGGUCACUGGGGGGGCCCAGACAGAGGGCCAAUACCAGCCCCGGUCUCAGACUUCCAGCCCAGGGCCUCUUAGCUUCUACCAAUUCCAUGUUACGGACUCGGCGGGCAUGCCAGGAACCUGCCAGGGCUCUGGGAGUGCCACAACACAUCCAUGGACUGGCGCUUCCUUGCAGACUUGUGGUGGGCCAGGCACGCCCAUCGCUGGUGAGCACGACGGGUUUGGUGGCUUCGGCACUAGCCCGGUUAGCAUUAGCCAGUCCCAACCCAGCUUGUGUCCAGAGCCGCCUAGCAGCGGUUCAGAGCGCUGCUGCCUGCCGUCCAGCGCUCCCACAUCCACCCACAGCCUCCUGGAUGCCUCCCUCGGCAUCUACCCGCACCUGUACCCCACUGGCGCCUCCCUGGGGGACCCUACGGCCCUCCUAGGACACGAGGGGGGCCCUGGCCAGGACUACACACCGCAGAACACAUCCAGCCUCCUGGACGAGGACCUCGGCAUUCUCUCUGUCCUCUCCAGGCCUGGGACUCCCUCCUCCUUCCACAGGUCGUCGUCUGUCUGCUCCCAGGACUCGGGGCCUCUUCCCAGGCUGGAUAAAUGCGCUCCACCCCACAAGCCCCUGGCAGACUCUGCGGCUGUGGGACACACCAGUCUGGAGCGCCUUCUGGGGACCGGGGGAUCCAUGGAAAGCAGGGACAGCGGGAGCCUUGGGAGUGGGUCCAGGAGAUCCAGUCUGGGAGUUCAGACUCAGAGUACCGAGCAGUCCUGGUGCCUGGACCUGACCGAGUAGUUCCCCGGUUUAUCCAGCUCAUGGAACUGUGCUGGAAUGGAGAAAAUAUCCGGGUGGGCACGAUUGCGUGAGAAGCGCGUAUCAGGUCCUACAUCGUAGCCCAACAACAUCUCAAUCUAUAUCCCCUUCAUGAGGAACUAAAACAGGACACUGAACUAUCUUUAGUAAAAUAAAAGUAGAUAUAUUACAAAGAGCAUUAUGAGCAUAGGUCAGUUCAUUAUGGACAGUUUUACAAGUCUUGCAAUCCUUGGGGCUCAAUUCAGUCAAACCUGCAUGGUCGUAUUUAUGCAGUAGCUGUUUGGCUAAUUAUUUGUCAAAUGAUCUAAUAUAUUGGUUUUGGGUUCUGUGUAAAACAUAUUGCUGCUUUCAGGGCGAAACCCUUCAUAGGUAUGUUUUUACAUCCCAUAAUGACGUGUGUGUGGGCAUGGGAUUCCAAAAUGUAGUGUGUGGGCAUGGGAUGGAUAUUGUAAUUAAUGACACUGCAUAAACAGGGCUACGGCAAGUCUGAAUGAAUGGCAGCCUUAAAGUGUAAUUUGUUUUUCCACAAUUUUGGGGGGAGCUCCCAUUCAAGCAACUUACAGCUCUACUAUGCAAAUGCAUGUCAUUUUGUGCAUUACCUUGGGAUUUGUUUGUGUAACUUAGAUUUUGCUAAUUUUGAGGGGUUUUGCUAUUUGUUUGAAAAGAUCUACUUGAAAAAUCUAAUUAUUGGCAUUGAAAUGAGUUCAAGUUUAGAAGUAAUUGUGGCAUGGUAGACAUUUUAUGGGGAAAAUACUGAAAGGUUUGUAUCCUGAAAAAAAUACAAAACCUGUAUCUAGAGUUUAAACAUAUGAUUAUAUAGUUGUAUAAUUUGAGGCCACCCAACAUUACACUUGGCUAAAAUAGCUGACUUUAAAGUCAUGAAAAAAUUUGACCAAAAAUAAUUCCAACUCUCAAGUAGGUACAGAUUAAAAAUCUAUACAACAUUUAAACCUUUCUAUUUGAUGAUCAGUCUUUUUAAUUUAACCAGGUAAGGGUGGCUUACUGUGGCCAUUCUUGAGGUGUCCACUUGUGAACUUCAUUAAUCCAGUAUGUCUGUUCUACAAUACUUAGCAGCACCUGUUUACACAGAGGUUGUCAAGCAACACGUGGUUGUGAUACAUUGUGUUCUAAAUGAACGCCCAUUCCCAGUAGUGUGCUAAUUUGACCAUAGGGAAUAGUGUUCCUGUUUAGACAGAGCCAUGAAUUUGAUAUUCCCGACGAAAGGUUCACUUCCCUUCUUUUGCUCCAGCAUAGCACAACUUUUCUAUGAAUUUCAGAAAGACAUCUUGGCUUGGGCCAUACAGUACCGGUUUUUAAUGGAAGUGCUCUAUAUAGAGAUGCCUCUCUGAACUCCAAAACAGACCAGCACUCACCUGGAAAGACAAAUCUAAAAAUAACUCACAAUAAAAUAUAGGGGCCUUGUUGAAGGCCUUUUGUGGCACCUGGUGCAUUAGCACAAAUGGAACCCUUAGUAAAUGACUUCAAGUAUAAUUUUAGGCUUCCUCACAGAGGAGUUGGCUGUUAUUAUGACCUGUUACCUCCUUGCAUGGUAAAGUUGCUUAUUCUUUUUCCUAAGGAAAAGGUAUUCUACAUUAAGUGUUAGGGCUUUAUUCAGUUUAUAUUGCUGAAGCAUUACAGAUUGCGAGAUCAAAUUGUGAAGGUCAUUUUUCUGAUGUUUACAGGUAAUGCAGUCUCCACUAGCACGGGAACAUUCCUUGAUAUUGAACUUCAGCGGUAUGGGUUGGAAAGAGCCCUUAGUGUUCUAUUUUAUAUACUGUAGAUUGUAUAGACGAAUACUAUACUUGCAUGAGAGGUCAUGGCCCACUGAUUUACAUACAAGGUUGGAUGUUUUGAUUUGCUGAAUAUUGGGCCCAUUUUCAGAAUACCUACAAACAUCUGUUAAUUCUUUGGUUGAUGUGGUGUGUGUUAUUUUCAAGUUAAGGCAUGUUUUUGUUUUAUCUUUAUAUGAAAUUACUAUUUUUGUGUGUUAUUAACUUCAAUGAAGCAACCAAAAACGAUUGAUUAAAAAGCUUUUUGUUUUUUUUAUUCUUAACACCUAAGUUAGAUUCUAUCCAUAUUGUGAUACCCCAAUAGAGUGACUUAUUUUGAAAUUAUAGUGUGAAGGAAAUGUAAAAGUAAUUUCUGAUUGAGCCUAGAUACAAUAUGCUGCAUUUACCCUCAAUCUAGUGUCUAGAAACUUUUAAAUAUUGCCUUUAAAUUUGAAUUGAGCAUGGAUCUUCCACAAUACAGAUCAAAUCAAGUUCUAGGUGUACAAAUUAACUUCUUUGAAAAAGCACCUAUUAUGGGAAAAUUUGACUAGAGCGGCAAAAACAGUGUACUGUACAUAUUCAUUGAACGUUUUGACUAUUUUUAGCUGGGUAUUUUUCUGGCAUUAUAAGAAACUAAUGAUUUCUUCCAGGAGGGAAGAAGGGUGGUUGUGGUCUUGACAACAUUCUCAGAAUACCAUGUUUGGUUGGAGACGAUUUCUUCUAGACUGACAAUAAAAUAUGCU